UGUCCAUAGUGAAAACUCGAUGAAAGUCUCCUCCUUCAUUUGAGUUUUAGUCCAAGAAACCUAAAACCUCUAGGGUCGACGACUGCGGCAGCGAUGAAUCAAGCAAAGAGAAUCCUAGCUUCCCCACUGGCCAACUUCUUCUUUUCCGGCCAAUCCUUUCUAAGGCGCUCGAAUCAAUUUCAGGUGACUCAGUCCAUCCAUCUCUCUCCCUCCUAUUUAUCCAAAUCCCGCGCUCCCACGAAUAGAAUUCUCCAAGCAAAUCAACAGCUCUUGUUCUCAAUGAUGCCCAAUUCAUUCAUAAAUGAUGUGCUGUCUAACGAUUGGUCUGAUAAGUUCGAGAAGUCAAUGUCAGAAAGAUAUGGCUCUCAGUUCAGCCAUGAAGCUGUCAUGUAUGUGUUGAAAAGGCUCACUAAGGACCCGCCAAAAGCUCAGAAGUUCUUUAAUUGGGUUGUGAAUAUAAGUGGGUUUGAACCAAAUUCUUCUGUUUAUAACUUGAUGCUUAGGAUUUACGCACAAAAGAAUUCAAUGAAGGAUUUUUGGGUAAUUAUAAGAGAAAUGAAAGAGAAGGGGAUUUGUAUGGAUGGAGAAACUUAUAAAUCCAUACAUUCCAGUUUCCAGAAAUCAAAGAUGGAUACCUACGCUGCAGCUUUGGAAAAGGCUUACAAGCUUACAGCGAAAGAAAAUGCUACUUGUGACUUGGUGAAUGAGGUGGUUGCAGUGAUUAAUCAGUCAGAUUGGGGGUAUGAGGUGGAGAAAGAACUGGUGGCUAAAAAGUUGUUACUUUCUGAUGAUUUUAUACUUAGAGUUCUAAAGGAACUUAGAGAUGCACGGUGUCCUCUAAAGGCUGCCAAGUUUUUCAAUUGGGUAGAUGAAGGUCUUGGCUAUGAGCACACCAGCAUUACUUAUAAUGGGAUUCUUAGGGUUCUUCCCCGAGAAGAAUCUGUUGAAGAGUUCUGGAGUAUGCUGGAGAAGAUGAAGACCGCGGGCUAUUGUAUGGAUCUUGAUACAUAUAUAAAGGUCUCAAGGUAUUUUCAAAAAACUCGAAGAUUUAAAGAUGCCAUAGAACUUUAUGAGCAUAUGAUGGAUAGCCCUUAUAAGCCUUCAACUGGUGAAUUUACAAUACUUUUGCGAAGCAUUGCAACUCGGAUUCCUUCAGAUUUUGAUAUGCUAUUCAGGGUUGUGAAAAAAUUUGAGGAGUCUGGGAAUUCAUUGACAAAGGCAAUUUAUGAUGUGAUUCAUAGGUCCAUGACUAGCCUUGGGAAAUUUGAUGAGGCAGAGAAGAUUAUGGAAGCCAUGAGAAGUGCAGGGUAUGAACCUGACAACAUCACUUACAGCCAACAAAUUCAUGGACUUUGUAAAGCAGGAAGAAUGGAGGAAGCCUCUAUGGUAAUAGAUACAAUGGAAGGACUAGGAUGCAAUCCUGAUAUCAAGACUUGGACUAUUUUGAUCCAAGGUCACUGUAAAGCUAAUGCAGUAGACAAAGCAUUGCUUUGUCUUGUUAAGAUGGUGGAGAAAAAUGUUGAUGCAGAUGGUGAUCUGUUGGAUGUAUUAAUAAACGGUUUUCUCGAUCAGGGAAAAUUAGUAGGUGCAUAUGAAUUGCUAAAAGAGAUGGUGGCUAAGGCUCACGUGCGACCAUGGCAAGCAACUUACAAGAAUCUGAUUCAUAAGCUGUUGGGAGAAAUGAAACUGGAAGAAGCUUUGGAUCUACUUUGCGGGAUGAAGAAAAUCAAUUAUCCGCCUUUUGUAGAACCUUUUUAUAAAUACAUUUCCAAGCUAGGGACAGUGGAGGAUGCAAUGGAGUUUCUGAAGGCCAUUAGUAAGGGAUAUCCUUCUGCCGCAGCAUACCAGCACAUUUUUGAAUCAUUCUUUGAGGAGGGAAGGCUGUACGAGGCAAAAGAUCUUCUCUAUAAGUGCCCGCACCAUAUCCGUAAACACCCUAAGAUUUGCAGCCUCUUUGGUUCAGCAAACAACUGCAGUUGAAGACUGACUACUCCUUCAAGUCAAGGCCAGCUUCUUGGAUGGAGUAAAUAUUCCCAUCAGCUAUGCGUUAUAAAUCUAAAACACACUGGGCUAAUUGCAUGUUUGUCCAAAGGUCUUCUUGCAUAAUAGAAUGAAGUUUGUCUAAGGCCUUACUAUUGGUACAUGGCACGCCACAAAUCAAUACUACAUUGUUGUGCACCCAUAGUCCAUAGACCAUAGUCAUGUCAAUUAAUGACAUCGAUGGAUCACGUGUGGUGUUAAUACAUGGCUCAUAUACAUUGAUUGGUCUAUUAAUGACGUUGUAGACCGGCUCUACACAGGAACCAUACUCAUUUUCUCGGCCUUCUUGUACUUGUGCUCAACAUAAUUUUUUUUAUUUUUAUUUAUUUUGGGUUACAAAUAUUUAUCAUUUUCAAAUCUGGC